CAUAAUCUUGUACGACUAGGUUUUCCACCUCGCUUGUGCGACAUAUAUAAAUCGAACAAAAUCCUAUACUGCUGCUUCUCCUACAACGAGAGACGGGAACUGCAACCCAGAGAUCUACACGAUUUCUUCUCUUCCCUCGAAAAUGGUUACUCACAGGUUUCACCAGUACCAGGUUGUUGGAAGAGGGUUGCCCACCGACACAGAUGAGCACCCAAAAAUUUAUCGCAUGAAGCUGUGGGCCACAAAUGAGGUUCGGGCAAAGUCCAAGUUCUGGUACUUCCUCAGGAAGCUGAAGAAGGUCAAGAAAAGCAAUGGUCAAGUUCUAGCUAUCAAUGAGAUCUUUGAGAAAAAUCCAACCAAGAUCAAGAACUAUGGCAUUUGGCUUCGUUACCAAAGCCGAACAGGUUACCACAACAUGUACAAGGAGUAUCGUGAUACAACUCUCAAUGGUGCUGUUGAGCAAAUGUACAAUGAGAUGGCUUCUCGCCAUAGAGUCAGGUUCCCUUGCAUUCAAAUUAUCAAGACUGCCACUAUUCCUGCGAAGCUAUGCAAGAGGGAGAGCACCAAGCAGUUCCACAACUCCAAGAUCAAGUUCCCAUUGGUGUUUAAGAAGGUUAGACCACCAACUAGAAAGCUCAAGACCACAUACAAGGCAACCAGGCCCAACUUAUUCAUGUAAACUCUAUUGCCUGAUGGAGGUGCAGAGAGGUGAAACUUUGUCUACUACCGGAUUUCAACUUUGUAGACUUCGUCAUUUUUGUUUUUGGAUAUUGCGUUCAUUUGCAGAUCUUUAGAUUUGUCAGAUUUGAUAUUUGUUGUUAUCUUUACUUUUAAAGUUGCUCUGGAUUUUUUUUUUUGGGGUUGCUAUGAUCAACAUUUGUUACUUUAUUCCAUUAGUAAGAUUUUUAUUUUUAGGUUGAAACAA